GUCUGCAAAAAACAGAGGACUUGGGGGUUAAAAAGCCAAAAAAAGCUUUAGCUUUACGACAUUAACACCAGCUGUGUUGAGUAGAAAACUCAAACAAACCAACCAGAGACGAACGCCGCCGCCGGGGAAGACCCUACCAAUAGAGAUGGGCGCAGCUGAGGUAAUGGAGCGAGAAAACGAAGAAGUUGCAGUGAGACAAGAGGAAGGUGAGAAGAAGAAGGGAGAGAAAGAUAAUGGAGAUGUCAAGGAACUGGAAAAGGAAAAUAUGGGUUUGCCGGAAAAGGUGGUUCCAGAAUCAUCACCAACGGAAUUUACAACCUCCAGGCUGCGGAAUCUGAAUCCGUCGAACCCUUUGAGAAUUAUAAUUCAAGGAGUUCGACCUGUUCGUGUUCAAUCUCCCACUCCUUCACAAGCUCCUCCUUCACAGCCCGCUCCUGUACAGCCCCCUUCUUCAACUACACAGCCCCUUUCUACAACUCCUGGACAAACAUUGCCAAAUCUGAAUUCAAGGAAUUACACGAAUCGAAUAGCUCUAUUUCUGUUUCUUCUCCACAUAGUUGCUGCAGUUGGGUUAGUUGGUUUUCUUGGGUUCAAGGCAGUUCAGGGGCUCUUCCAAACAGGAAAGACACACAGAGAAGAGGAAAGGAUGUUAAAGUAUUGGCUUCCCCAAGCAGAAGGGGCAACCGUUUUAAGCAUCGUUCUUGCCUUAUUCUGGCAAAAGGCAGUAAGAGAAUGGCCUCAUUUUAUGGUCAAUUUCAUAAUCUGGAGCACAUUCGCCUCUUCCAUGGCUGCAGGAGCUCUUCUUCUCGCCUUCCAGAGACCUUCCACUGACGGCGUUGGUGUGGCCCUUAUUUUCUUCUCUGUUGGUAAUGGCCUCUAUGCGUGUUGGGUAACUCAGAGAACCAAGUUCUGCGCAGAAGUCUUCACCAAAUCGCUCAAACCAGCAUCGAAAUUCCCAGAUCUCAGUCGACCCACUUACUUGAUGCUUGGGAUAUGUUUCCUGUGGAUUACAGUUUGGGUUUUUGCAAUAAUCGGAGCUCUUAAUUUCUACUUUCCCUCUUUAAUUAUAAUCGCUCUAAUCUUAAGCUUAGUUUGGAUAGCAGAGGUUCUGAGAAACGUCGCUAAUUUAACCGUCAGUAGAGUUAUAGCUCUGUAUUAUCUCAGAGGAAUGCAAUCAAACACCCAUUUCUGUUUCCAGAGAGCCUUGUCAAGGAACCUUGGAAGUGCUUGUCUGGGUUCAUUCUUUGUUCCUGCAAUCGAAGCUCUGAGAAUCGUAGCUCGAGGUCUCAAUUUGCUUGAAGGGGAAGACGAAUUCAUGUUCUCUUGCGCUCAUUGCUGCCUUCAUGUCAUGGAGACCAUCUUCAGAUAUGGCAAUGGAUGGGCCUUCGUUCAGAUAGCUGCAUAUGGGAAGGGAUUUGUGAGUGCAUCACAAGACACAUGGGCACUGUUUGAGAGACAAAGGAUGGAACCCAUGGUUGACUCGGACAUAACCAGUGCGGUUUUUUUCUUGGCCGGAGUUUGCAGCGGCUCCAUUUGUGUCCUCGUCACAGCGUCGUGGUCGUGGGCUGUUUACCGGAGCUUUACGGCCACCGUGUCUCUCCUAGCAUUCAUCAUUGGAUAUCUUUUGACUCGGAUUGGAAUGGCAUUACCACACGCAUGUGUUGCCUGUUACUAUGUAUGUUAUGCAGAGCACCCGGAGAACCGGUUAUUUGAUAGAACGAUUCCGGAUCGGCUUGACUUUAUAAAUUCUGGGAAAGCUUUCCUUGUACCCACUCCUAGGGUCCCUGUCCCUAGGCGAUUCUCAGUUUGAAAAAAUAAGAGAAGAAUUGCAAUAUUUUUGUGUUGGAGGUUGGACCAAAUUGUGAUCAGACCGGGACCUUGAACUGAACCGGGUGAGUCCCAGAAUUGGUCCACAAGAGGUGGUAUAAUGGUAUUGGAGUGGAGGAUGAUGAUUGGUGAUGUUAUUGAACAUGACUAUGACUAUCUAUGACCAUGACUAUUCAUUCUUUAUUGGAUUCUCAAGGAUUAUAUGGAGACAUGAGUGAGGGACCCACCUACCAUAGAUUCCAAUUUGCGAUAGCUACCAAACGUGGAGAGCUUUGUGGUCUGUCGUAUGCAAUUGCAUGAGCCAUGACGCCAUGACAUGGCCCCACAAGAUUUGGGAUCCUUCUGGGAUAUUCGUUUUGUAAUAAUUCUGUUUUUUAAUUUUAUAUUUUUGUAAGUAGUCCCUAAGCCCAUUUUAUUAUAUUGUAAUAUGAAUGUAUUAAUUAAUCAUCCCAAAGGAAGUGAUUUAUUUUGGUUUAA